AUGGAAAGCACCUUUCUUCUCAUUUUUGCAUCAUUCAUGCUCAUUCAAACAUAUGGCGUAAGCCACAGCAGCAGCAACAUCAUGAUCACGGCUUCCUCAAAUGUUACAUGUAUCCAAGGGGAGCGACAAUCACUGCUUGUAUUCAGACGAGGCCUUGCAGACGAAUCAAAUCGUCUAUCAACAUGGACUGGAUUAGAAUGUUGCGUGUGGCAGGGAGUUGGGUGUGAUAGGAGAAAUGGUCAUGUUGUCAAACUUGAUCUUCGAUCUCCAUCAUCUUUCAUGGACUACUAUAUAUCAUCAAACACAAGUACCUGGCUCAAAGGUAAGGUAAGUCCUUCCUUACUCGAAUUGAAGUAUCUGUGUUACUUGGACCUGAGCAUGAACAACUUCUCAGGACAAAAUAUUCCUGAAUUCUUCGGGUCGUUCAAGUAUUUGGAAUACCUGAACCUCUCUUACUCAGGUUUCAGUGGUGUAGUCCCUCCUAAUCUAGGAAAUCUCUCAAGGUUACAAUAUCUUGAUCUUAAUGUCCAACAUAGGUACGACAUGGUACCUCUCCUUUAUGACGUUUCAUUGAUGGUAAAGAAUGAUCUGCGGUGGGUGUCCUUGUUGUCGUUGUUAAAGCACUUGGACCUCUCAGGAAUAAAAAUCGGUAACCAUAUUGAUUGGUUCCAUCUGGUUAACAUGCUACCUUCAUUGCUUACACUGAACUUGGCCUCGUGUGAUAUACAUAUCUCCUCCAUAAAGUUCAUCAAUUUGAAGUCUCUUAAUUCACUUGAUCUCUCUUCCAAUGGUAUCAACUCCACCAUUCCUGUUUGGUUAUCAAACCUUACUAGCCUUAUGCAUCUAAACCUUGGUUAUAACAACUUCCAUGGUCCAAUACCUGAUUCUAUUGCAACCUUGAGCUCUCUUUCUUACAUUAGCCUUUCAUAUAACGAAUUGUCUGGUCCAAUACCUCCCUCACUUGGUAACCUAUCCUCUCUAAGAGUACUCUCUCUAUAUCGUAAUCAAUUGAGUGGGAGCAUACCUGAAAGCAUCGGUCAAUUAUCAAUGCUUGAAAACCUUGAUCUUUCUGGUAAUCGAUUGAGUGGGAGCAUACCUGAAAGCAUCAAUCAAUUAUCAAUGCUUGAAAGCCUUGAUCUUUCUCGUAAUCGAUUGAGUGGGAGCAUACCUGAAAGCAUCAGUCAAUUAUCAAUGCUUGAAAGCCUUGAUCUUUCUCGUAAUCGAUUGAGUGGGAGCAUACCUGAAAGCAUCAGUCAAUUAUCAAUGCUUGAAAGCCUUGAUCUUGGAUAUAAUCGAUUGAGUGGGAGCAUACCUGAAAGCAUCAGUCAAUUAUCAAUGCUUGAAAUCCUUUAUCUUUUUGGUAAUCGAUUGAGUGGGAGCAUACCUGAAAGCAUUGGUCAAUUAUCAAUGCUUGAAAUCCUUCAUCUUAACGAUAAUCGAUUGAGUGGGAGCAUUCCAACUAGUAUUGGCCAGCUUUCAAACCUCAUUCAACUAGGUGUCUCUAAUAACUCAUUGGUUGGGCACUCAUUGGAUUCCUCCCUUCCAAUUGAAGGCUUUUUCUGCACGCUCCUACAACAUCGGAUCUCAAUUCCCAAAUUGGCUUCAAACGCAAACAAAUCUUGA